AUGAGAGACUACUGGGAACUCUCCGGCCCCUUUGGCCUCGCGGUCCGCGCCGCCGUACGAAUUUUCCAGUUCAUCUUCGCCAUCGUCACAAUCGGCCUCUACGCCGCCUCUCUCGCCUCGUGGGACUAUUCGACAAACGUCAGCAGGACCAACUGGAUAUUCGCCCUCGUCCCCGCCGUCCUCUCGGCCCUGACCUGCGCCUACCACGUCUUCGCCACCGUCACACACGCCGCCUGGUCCGUCUGGGACUUUGGUCUCGCCGUCAUCUGGGCCGCGCUCUGUGGCGUGUCUUCGACUACCCUCGUGCGAGGUGAUGAUGGGAACAUUGUCACCGGGGAUGUGAGGACGAGACUCGCCGCGGGAGCAUGGAUUGCAGGCGUCAGCAUGAUCCUCUGGCUUCUGAGUGCCAUCCACGGCUGCGCCUACUGUUGUGCCUCGAGGAAGUGGACAAGGACGACGAAACAAGAGAGAGACAAGGAUGACAUGGAGGAGCUCCCCGAUAGAAGCCAACGAGAAGUGUAG